ACAUGCCCUAAACACAAAGAUCGUCAAAAUUGUUUUGGCGUAACUGAUCCGUUGCAACCAAAUUACCAUGGCUUCUCUCGACACCGAUGUCACCAUGGUUCCAGCCGGUGAAGGUUCAGGCGGAGCCGGACCCUCAUCUUCCACCGCAUCCACUUCCUCUUCAACUAAGAAAGCUAAGCGAUUUGAGAUCAAAAAGUGGAACGCUGUUUCUCUUUGGGCUUGGGAUAUUGUCGUGGAUAAUUGCGCAAUUUGUAGGAAUCAUAUCAUGGAUCUCUGCAUCGAAUGUCAGGCUAACCAAGCCAGUGCUACCAGUGAGGAAUGCACAGUUGCUUGGGGGGUCUGCAAUCAUGCAUUUCACUUUCACUGUAUUAGCAGAUGGCUCAAAACUCGUCAAGUCUGUCCAUUGGAUAAUAGCGAAUGGGAAUUUCAGAAGUAUGGUCACUAGAAACUUUCUGCAUUUGAACCGUUGGACCAAAUAUCUAUCUCUGCCUUUGUUGAUCGAGUGAUGAUUAAACAACUUUAUUCUCAUAUUUCUAGUUUUACUUCAUCACUGGACACUGGAUGAUUUUCUUUAACCUAUAUUAUUAAACUAUGGACCUGUAAUAUUAGGAUUAAGAAAUGUAGUAAUUUCUGGUUUUCGUGACUUCUCUUAUCUCUCUGUUUACAUCCAUAAUUCAUCAAUCUGCUCUCUGUUUAUGUCUAUCGUUCACGAUAAACACUUUUUCAAGGUUAAAAAAUUGUUUUCCUUUGUUCA